AUGGGAUUUUUAUCAUCAAUCUGUUGCUGCCUUCAUGGUGCUCGUGUAUUCAACCAAGGAUCAGCAGCUGCCACAGCCCCAGAGAGGCAGCCUCUGACUUUGAGUCCUAAUUUUGUUCAAACUGAAGCUCCAGUGCCGAUUCUGGUUCCACACUUUCCUGUCAACUCCAAGCUCUAUCAUAUGUAG